UUCUCCCUGUCUUUAUCUCCGUCCGGCGAUUUCUUACCUGACUGAGAGUUUAUCCUCCUUCUCGCCAUCCUCCUCCUCCACCUCCCAGGAACACCAACAAACCCUAGACAAUUCUCACUUCGAUCUCGAUCCACGCCAUGGCAUCAUCCUUGAUGUGCCCGUCGUCCCCCAACUCUCUCCGCCUCAGACUCGGCUUCCGCUGCCGCGACUCCUCCUCCUCCUUCCUCCGAGUUCGUUUCCGCCCUUCUAAUCGUCGCCUCGUGGUAUCUUCCGUUGCCGGAGAGUCGGAAGGGGGUGGAGGCGCAGGGUGGGCUUGGAAUGUAUCUGAUGCCUCGCUAGAUGCUUUCGCCGGUUGGUCCGACGCGGGGAGCGGCGCAGAAGAGUCCAAGAAAAAGAAGGGGAUUCGAGAUGUGAUGGGAUUAACACUAGUUGGAUCUCUCUUUGCUGCUGGAGUUGCAUUCACAACAUUAGUUUAUAUCAAUAAAAAUCUGUCUGGGACCAAGAAUCGAGUGGAUCCAUCAAAGGAGUUCACGACUUCGUAUGAUACAAGGACAGAAGGUGAUCAAGUUAGCAACGAUUUUGAUGUGAUUUUGACUGAAAAAGAUGACAUGACCAGUAACUUCCAUGAAGACAAUGAGACAGGUACAAGCAAAGAUUUGCCUCUUAAAUAUGUUUCUGGAGAUAUUAGUGAGAGCAGAUAUGAUUACGUGCAGAAAUUGGAAAGUACAUUGUUAGAAAAUGUUAGAUCUGUUGGGGGAUCUCUAAGUCUAAAUGAUGUAGAAUUGGUGAAAGAUGCCGAUCGGAAUAACUUUCUGCAGUCACCUAUAACGGACUGCACUAAUUGUCCAGUUGUGCCAGACAUUAGUGAACAAGUUUUACUAGAAAAGCUUGUCAAAUCAGAUCUCGAUAUUGUCGAAGAACAGAUGCUCGAGUAUGAUUCAGUUAGUGUUUCAAAAGGACAUAACUUAGGUGCCAGUGGCUUUUCUGCUGCAUAUUCUGUACCAUUAUCUACAUAUGUGUGUCAAAAAAAACAACCUAAUUCAGAGUGUGACAAUGAAAUUGAUAGAUCUUCAUUUAUUAAGCCACUUUUACCUGAGAAAUCUUUCUCCCUUUCUGGUAUACCUGCUCCUCUCGAUCCUGCAGUUCAACAGGUACUCCCUGGAAAGGUUUUGGUUCCUGGAAUUAUUGAUCAGGUUCAGGGGCAAGCGCUUGCAGCAUUGCAGGUUUUGAAGAUCAUUGAGGUUGAUGCUCAACAAGGUGAUUUUUGUUCUCGACGUGAGUAUGCUCGUUGGCUGGUAUCUGCAAGCAAUGUCUUUGCAAGGAGUGCUUUUUCAAAAGUGUAUCCAGCAAUGUACAUAGAAAAUGUGACUGAACUUGCAUUUGAUGACGUGACACCAGAAGAUCCUGAUUUUCCUUCUAUUCAAGGCUUGGCUGAAGCUGGACUGAUUUCUAGCAAGCUGUCAAAACAAGGCUCUGUCAAUAAAUGUGAUGACUGUAAUCUUUUCUCUCCUGAAUGCCCUGUUUCACGUCAGGAUCUUGUUAGCUGGAAGAUGGCAUUAGAAAAGCGGCAACUUCUGAAAGUUGACAAAAAUAAAUUGUACCAGUCCACUGGCUAUAUAGACAUUGACAAGAUAAAUCCAGAUGCUUGGCCUGCUUUGUUAGCCGACUUUUCAGCAGGAGAACAAGGAAUCACUGCUCUUGCUUUCGGUUAUACUAGAUUAUUUCAACCUGAGAAACCUGUGACAAAAGCACAAGCUGCCAUUGCGAUUGCAACUGGUGAUGCUGCUGAGGUUGUUGGCGAGGAGCUUGCUCGUAUUGAAGCAGAAUCAUUGGCAGAAAUUGCUGUGAAUGCUCAUACUGAUUUGGUGUCACAAGUGGAAAAAGAUAUUAAUGCCAGCUUUGAGAAAGAGCUUGCCAGGGAAAGGCAGAAGACAAAGGCCUUGGAGAAGUUGGCGGAAGAGGCAAGGCUGGAAUUGGAUAGACUAAGGAAGCAGAAAGAGGAGGAAAAAUAUGCUUUGCAAAGGAGUCAUGCUGCUGUUGAGUCUGAAAUGGAAUUCAUUGCAAGGCUAAAACAUGAGGUGGAAGAACAAUUAGAGAGCCUAAUAAGUAAGAAGCUGGAGAUGGCUUCUGAGAGGGAUAGAAUGAACCAACUUCGCAAGGAAUUAGAAAGCGAGAACCAGGUCAUUGCUAGGUUACAGUAUGAGCUGGAGGUUGAGAGAAAGGCUUUGUCCAUGACCAGGGUAUGGGCAGAGGAAGAGGCAAAACGAGCAAGAGAGCACAUGAGAGCUUUGGAGGAAGCAAGGCAGCAGUGGGAAAGGCAUGGCAUCAAAGUCAUAGUAGAUGGAGACCUCCAAGAUGAUGCAUCCAUUAUUACUACAUGGCUUACUGCUGCAGAACAACCACCCGUCAAUGAGGCCAUUGGUCGAGGAGAGAAUUUGAGGAUGAAGUUGAAAGAAAUGGCUGCUGAGAUGAAACUUCGAUCUUCAUUUGUUAUUGACAAAAUCAGCCAGAAGAUUCUUGCUUUAAUUUCAGCUUUGAAGCUGCAAGUCGCAAAGGCCUCUGAGCAAGUUAUCAAGAUCCAGAAUGCUGGAGUUUCUAAAGCUGCAGUUAUGAUGAAUGAUUUGAAGGAGAAUGCAUCAGGGAUCAACAGAGUUAUCAGCCAUAGAGCCAGGAGAGUUGUUGAGGACUGCAAAGGCAGUGUUGGAAAAAUCACACAGAAAUUCAAGGCAUGAGAGAAUCAAUGAGAAUAACUUCAUUCUUGGUCUUGAUUUAUAUGCACCAGAUGAGACCUUAAAUCAAACUUCAUCACUUUGGAGAUAAGAGAAUAGAAGAUCCAAUAAAGUUCGAGUUCCAAAAUAACUCCUCCGGGAGUUUUUUCUUUAACUUGCACAUAUGUUACCAAUUUUUUAACAGUAUACGUCUCUAGCAGCUACAAUUUUGUUAGCUUCAACCAUGCUACAGGAUGUAGGUUCGUUUACGUUAUGAUCGAUCAUGUCCUUAGGACAUGUACCACAUCAUAGCCGGUGGAGAUUCCCGAAUUGAAUGCUUUUAUCAAUGUGAUAGAAUUGGUAAAAAUCCUUUUAUAUCUUCA